CCCUCGUUAAUAACUUCAAAAUGUCUUCAGCGUCCGGAUCAGAAUCGUCCGAAAGCGAAUCGGACAUCGAACUGCAGUCUGCUUUACCCGCGCUGGCGAAGAAAACCACACAGAAACCUCCCAAAUCUCCUUCAGAAGGACUCUUGAAGAAAAGCCAAGACCCAAACAAGAAGACCACAAAAGACAUGAUCAUAGAAGCUUUAACAGAACAGAAAACUCGAAAGGGAAUCUCACUUCACGCCAUAAGAAAAUUCAUUAUGGAAAAUCACACAGUCAAUCAAGAUAGAAUAACUUUUCUUAUAAAGAAAAACCUCAAAAUGGGUGUGGAAGAUGGAACGAUAAUGCAGACCAAAGGCAUCGGCGCUUCGGGGUCCUUCAAACUGGCGCCGAAGAAGAAAGAAGAAGGCGCUGUUAAGAAGAAGAAAGCAAUGAAACCCAAACCCAAACCAAAACCUUCGGAGGAAACCGAAAAACCAAAGAAGACAAAAGAAAAACCCGAGAAAAAAGAAAAGAAAGAAAAAAUAGACAAGAAACCACCGAAAAAGAAGGUCGAAGCAAAAUCGAAGAAAGAAAAGCCAGCGAAGGAAAAGGCAGAAAAAAAAGAAGUUAAAGAGAAAAAAACAAAAUCCAAGAUGGCGAAAGAGAUGCAGACUCCCGCCAAAAAGAGGGCGGCCAUGAUGAAAAGGAAAAGUAUCGGUUCAAUCAUAAAACCGCCAAAAAUGAAACCGAAGUCGAAAAGUUAAAAUCGACAUGUUGAUUAUGUUGUUGAUUAUUGAAUGUUUAAAUGUUUAAUUUUAUGAUUAUGUGAAUUUGUAAAUACAAAAAUCGGUGACAGUAAAUGAUUAUACAAACUA